AUGGCAAAUUUCAAAUUAACAACUUCAACAAAACUACCAAAACUAAUAAGUAAUGAAAUUCAACCCAUAAAUACAAAUAUUUUAAUUAUUGGAGGUGCUUUUUCUGGAUUAGCUACUUUUAUAUCAUUAAAACAACAUUUAAUUACCAAAUUAACUGAUCUUGAUGCCCAAACCAAGAUUUCCAUAACUUUAGUGGAGCCAAGAAAUGGAUUAUUGAAUAUUUUAGGAAUACCGAAAUGUAUAAUAGAUAUACCAUUUGCAAAAACACAAUUCAUACCAUUCAAAAAUUUAAAUAAUUUGAAAUUUACAAAUAUAUUAACCGAUGAAAAUCUUGACAUAGAGUACAUUGAAUCAAAUGAAUAUCUUGAUUUGAAUUACAUUCAGGGAAAAAUAACAAAUUUGAAUUCCAAAUCAGCAACUUAUAAAUUGAAUAAUGGUGACAAAGUGAAAAAUAUCAAUUUUGAUUAUUGUGUCAUUUGUUCUGGUCGUGAUAGGAAUUUUCCAACUACUCUCACUUCAAACAAUUAUGAUGAUUUCAUAAAGGAGAUGACUGAAGUUAAGGAAUCAAUUGAAGAUGUUGAUAUUAUAUCUGUAAUUGGUGGAGGGGCAGUAGGUAUUGAAAUUGCAGGUGAUAUAAAAACACAAUAUCCAAAUAAGACUGUAAAUUUAAUCCACCCACAUAAAUUAUUCCCACCUGAGCCAUUAUCUGAUGAAUUUAAAACCAUGACUAAAAAAUCAUUGACGGAUGUAAAUAUUAACAUUAUAAAUAAAAGAAUAAAAAGUGACAACACAAAAGGUGAUUUAAUAACAACUGAUAAUGAGACAAUAUCUUCCAAUUUGAACAUAUUUUGUAAUCAUAAGUCUAAUAAUACUUCAUAUAUCAGCAAUGAGUUGCAAAAAUUCAUAUCUCCAAAUAAUAAUAUAUUCAUAAAUGAGUAUCUCCAAUUAAGUCAUGAUGGGAAAGUGAUUGAUAAUGUUUUUGCACUUGGUGAUUUGGUAGAACAACCAAUUAUUAAAUCUGCUGGAUGGGCCAUGUAUCAUGGUAGAUUAGUUGCCAAUAAUAUAUCCAAUUUGAUAGUUGAAAAUAAAUUAGUUGAACAUUUACCUGAUCUUAGUCAAAUUCCAUUUGGUAUGGUUUUAGUAGGUGGUAAUAAUGAAAUUAUAAGUGAAUUGGCUGGAAUUGUUGAAUUAAAUCAUGAAGGUUAUAAAAAAGAAUAUGCAGAUUAUUGUAUUGGUAAAAUCAAAGCAACAUUAGGUGUAUAA